UCGGAAAAGCUGAGUAUGAACGCUUUUUAGGAUUGGGUGCCGUUAGACCCUGGUCCCCCCGCCCCCGUUGUAUGUAGCUUUCUCCAGUUGGUUGCCGUGCUGCCCGCUAGAAAUCCGCCACCAAAUAGUCCCCUUCGACUUUCGCACGCAACUGGGGGCGGGAAACGGGGUCAGGCCCGGAGUAGAGUCGUCCAACCCGCCUCACGGUUCGCCGUCACAUCGCGUGACAUUCGCUGGAGCACGGCGGCGCGGCGAGGCGGCCACGCGGAUUAGCUGCCAGAGCGCUGCUGCGGUCGGUGGAGUGCUGAGCUGCUUGGAGGAAGGCGCUGGUCGUUCUGGUGAUGGCUGCAAGGGACGAGGGGGGAGCGGGUGGGGGCGGCGGUGAGGCGUGGCGGGCGGAGGUGGAGGAGCGGCUGCUGGGCGCCGUGUGCGCGAUGGGGUUCCGCCGCGACGACACGCUGCACAGGCUGCGCCUCUUCAUGCAGGUGCCC